AGUCCCCUGCGCACAGUUCAAAGUGGAAAAAUGGCGGGGGCUCCUGAGUUUGUGGUUCUGGACCCACCUUGUGACAAAGAGGCAGUAGUCGGGACAGACAGCCAGGCCCUCGUCUCUUCCACCCCCCGAGAGGACUUUCGUGUGCGCUGCACCUCGAAGCGAGCUGUGACGGAAAUGCUGCAACUGUGUAGCUGCUUUGUGCAAAAGCUUGGGGACGCUCUGCCGGAGGAGAUUCGGGAGCUGGCGGUGCGAGAUGCCCAGUGGACUUUUGAAUCAGCUGUGCAAGAAAAUGUCAGCAUUAGCGGGAAAGCAUGGCAGGAAGCUUCAGAUAAUUGUUUUAUGGAUUCUGACAUCAAAGUACUUGAAGAUCAGUUUGAUGAAAUCAUAUUAGAUAUAGCCACAAAACGUAAGCAGUAUCCCAGAAAGAUCCUGGAAUGUGUUAUCAAAACCAUAAAAGCCAAACAAGAAAUUCUGAAGCAGUACCACCCUAUUGUACAUCCAUUGGACCUAAAAUGUGAUGCUGAUCCAGCCUUUCAUAAGGAAAAUUUGAAGUGCAGAGGUGAAACAAUAGCUAAAGAGAUCAGUGAAGCCAUGAAGUCCUUGCCUGCUUUAAUUGAACAAGGAGAUGGAUUUUCUCAAGUUUUAAAGAUGCAGCCUAUUAUCCAGCUCCAGAGGAUCCACCAAGAAGUCUUUUCCAGUUGUUACAGAAAACCAGACGCUAAACGUGAGAGCUUUAUAGCACAAAUAGAAACCACACCGACAGAGACCACUCCCAGGAAAACCUCUAACGUGGUAUUGAAAAGGAAACAAACUAAAGACUGCCCUGAAAGAAAACGGUAUCCAUUGCGGCCAAGGAGAAUUAAUCUUGAUACAUAAGUUCUUUGUGUUUAUUUUAGAAGUUGAGAAUAGGCAUUAUCAACAUUUAGAUGACAGCCUAAUACCUAGACAAGACUUCCGUUCAAUAAAUAACUCUUCUACUGGUUAUUGAUUUAUGCAAAUAUAGUAGCUUUGUGCUGGAAUAUGAUAUAAUACUGUAUUUCUUUCCUCAUCAUUUCAUCAAUGAAAAACAUUUUUUUUUAAGUAGUGGCACAAAGCCCAUCAUAGGCAUUAAAAAUGCAAACUUUUACCAUCCUUAAACACUUGGCUUCCUUGUAGCUUUUGUGGAAUUUCAUGAAUAACAUAUUCUUUUGGGCUUCCCUAGUAUAUAAUCUUUCUUUAAAAGAAAAAAAAAAAAAAAAACAGAGCUGUGUAAUGAUUCUUCAUUUAUAUACUAGAAAGAAAUCAUCAUCAGUUCUGUACCACAGUAGAUGCAGUAUUUUUUUAGAUACAGUUUGAUUUAUCAAAUUAAUAUGCACUACCUGGGAGGCUGAAGCAAGAGAAUCACUUAAGCCCAGGAGUUUGAGCUUGCUGUGAACUGUGAUGCUACAGCACUCUACUGAGGGCGACAUAGUGAAACUUUGUCUUAAAUAAUAAUAAUAAUACUAAUGUGCAGAUGUUAAGACUGCACUUUUGACUUUGUUACUGUGUGUUUAAUUUGGAUUUGAGAGAUUAUAUAUUUUUUGUUUCAUUUUGUAAGACAAGAAGAUAUUAUUUGGAAUUACUCUUAGAAAUAAAAAUUAUCAUAUAGCCAAGGUUUUCUUUCCAGUUUUGUUUUUCAUAGACCUUUUAACAUAAGUUGUCUUGGAGCUAAUAGUUUUGUCUUAGGAUUUCUCAUUUAUUUCUUUAUAGAUCAUUCCAGUACAAAAUAUAAAUCAGAUUAAUGCAUUGGAAAAUUGUCAUUGUGAAACAGAUGCAAUCAUACUAUAUACUCUUUUACAUUUGAUGAUAUUUAUAUAUCAGGUCUAUAAUCAUUGGUAGGAGUCUGAGGAAGCUAUAUUGCUUUUAUUGCUAAACAUUUAACAACAGUUUCUUACAGCUCUUGUUAUGUCUCUUACUCAUAUUAUGCAAUGUACGUAGGGCCAUCUACCUUACCACGUGUUUGCCUUUUUGAGGACUAUAAUACGUCCAUCUAUUUUCCAAGGAAUUUAUUAAUCAUGAAUUUAGUAAUACAUGAAAAAUCUGUACUUUUGCUCAUUAUGUCUUAAUAAUCAUAAAAUCUGGAUUUGACAGAAGGUCUGUCUCUUUCUACGUGAAGAAAACAGAAAACUACUUUUUUGCAUUUUUUGCUUUUAGGUUACAAUUUGAGAUCUGUAUAUUUGUAUAUAAUAAAUAAUAAAAUAAUGUACAAAGA